ACCUUAACCCAGAAAGUCCUAAAAUGCGUCAGAAAACGCUUUCUUUAUAGUGAUUGGCUUCACCGUGGGUGAAGCUUCCCUUUCUUUCACAUUUGAUUACAGACUGCUUUUGUCUUUUGCAUUCUAAUUUCAUUUUAGGGUUUUAUUCGGUUUCAUAUAUUAAGAAAGUUGCACUAGCCGAAAACUGAGUCCAAAUGUUGUGAAAAUGAAAUGUAGAAACCAGUAAAAUCUACUGCUUUUAAGUAUCAAGGUGAAUAGAACUAACCACUGCUUGGAAUGAAACAUUUUGGUAGCAAAAUUUUGCUCACAUUGGGAUCCAGAGAAGGACGUCCUGGCCCGCGCAACCGAGAAGCUGAGGCUGGACAGACAGACUCACAGACGACAAACGAAGGGCGCGCUGGCCGCCAGACCCCGCCUCCUCCCCCUUUUCCCUGCCGCCUGCGCCUGGAGGAUGAGCCCAGCCUUCAGGGCCAUGGACGUAGAGCCCCGCGCCAAGGGCAUCCUAUUGGAACCCUUUGUCCACCAGGUCGGGGGGCACUCGUGUGUGCUCCGCUUCAACGAGACGACCCUGUGCAAGCCCCUGGUCCCGAGGGAGCACCAGUUCUACGAGACUCUCCCAGCCGAGAUGCGCAGAUUCACUCCCCAGUACAAAGGUGUGGUAUCUGUGCGCUUUGAAGAAGAUGAAGACAGGAACUUGUGUUUAAUAGCAUAUCCGUUAAAAGGGGACCAUGGAACUGCAGACAGUGUAGACAAUUCAGACUGUGAACCAAAAAGUAAGCUCGUAAGGUGGACAAACAAAAAACAUCACGUCCUAGAAAUGGAAAAGACCCCCAAGGACUGGGUGCGGCAGCACUGGAAAGAGGAGAAGAUGAAGAGCCAUAAGUUAGAAGAAGAAUUUGAGUGGCUAAAGAAAUCUGAAGUCUUGUACUACAGUUUAGAGAAAAAGGGGAAUGUAAGUUCCCAACUUAAACACUAUAAUCCUUGGAGCAUGAAGUGUCACCAGCAGCAGUUACAGAGAAUGAAGGAGAAUGCAAAACAUCGGAACCAGUACAAAUUUAUCUUACUGGAGAACCUGACUUCCCGCUAUGAGGUGCCAUGUGUCCUGGAUCUCAAGAUGGGUACGCGCCAGCAUGGUGACGAUGCUUCAGAGGAGAAGGCAGCCAACCAGAUCCGCAAAUGCCAGCAGAGCACAUCUGCGGUUAUUGGUGUCCGUGUGUGUGGCAUGCAGGUGUACCAGGCAGGCAGCGGACAGCUCAUGUUCAUGAACAAAUAUCAUGGACGGAAGCUGUCGGUGCAAGGCUUCAAGGAGGCCCUUUUUCAGUUCUUCCACAAUGGGCGGUACCUGCGCCGUGAGCUCCUGGGCCCUGUGCUUAAGAAGCUGGCUGAGCUCAAGGCUGUUUUGGAGCGACAGGAGUCCUACCGCUUCUAUUCAAGCUCCCUGCUGGUCAUCUACGAUGGCAAGGAACGGCCUGAGGUGGCCCUGGACUCAGAUGCUGAGGACUUGGAGGACCUGUCAGAGGAGUCAGCCGAUGAGUCUGCUGGUGCCUAUGCCUACAAGCCCAUUGGUGCCAGCUCAGUGGACGUGCGCAUGAUUGACUUUGCACAUACCACGUGCAGGCUGUAUGGCGAGGACAGCGUGGUACAUGAGGGCCAGGAUGCUGGCUAUAUCUUUGGGCUCCAGAGCCUGAUAGACAUUGUUACAGAGAUAAGUGAGGAAGGUGGGGAGUGAGCUUGCUAGCUGCCCCAGCACCUGAGAGACUCUCUGUGUCCCAGGCACAGCUGUGCUGCGUCAGGGAGGAGGCCAGUAUGGUCAGGUGGUGGCCCCUGCAGCCUGGAGCUGAUGUGCAGAGGCCUCUCUGAGUCCCAGCCUGAGCCAGCCCUAACUGUGCUCGGAGUCUAUUUAUUUUAACUAUUUCUUCAACAUUCCACGUUUGAUGAUGCAGAUACCUCUUUCUUCCCUGAGUGUAAAUGUUCUAAUAUAGAUCUUUUUGUUAAUUGUA